AGAAAUUAAUAAUAAUUUGUUAAGAAAUUUGUGAAAAACUCAAAUCAAUUGAUUUAAAUUUUUGUUUAUUUACUGACAGAUAAUAUCCUAACAAAUAGUUUGCCAUAAAAUCCAUGUCAUCGACAGCAGCGAAGAGACGGUGUCUGCGAAGUGAUUCACAGCGAAGACAAUCGUUUGAUCGCUUCGGCGAUGAUUUGUGUCAACUGUUGUUGUCUUACAUGUCAUUAGAGGAUAAGCUAUACUAUGAAUGUGUUUGCAAACAAUGGCAACGAUUGGCACUCAAGACACAGACAGUACUAGUGUUAGACAAAUUCAAUUAUCGUCGGCAAAGAUCAAUGACCGACAACUUGUUUGACACACUUUUCAAGAAGUGUCCGAAUGUGACAAAAGUUGAAUUCAGAAGUCGCGAGUUUGCGGCCAGUAAUAGACGGUUGAAAUCAAUGAUGAAAUAUUGUCAUCAAUUAAGACAUCUGACCAUUGAGUAUAGUCGCAAAUUGAGUGUCACUGUAUUGGAUCAGUUGUUUGUAAAGUUUGGCAAAAAGUUGGAAACAAUUGGCUUAAACUUUGCUGAUUUUGAUGACACUAUGAUCGGUACUAUCUUCAGGAAUAUCAAGAUUUGCAAAAAUCUCAAGAGCUUUGACUGUAUAUCUAAUCGCGAAACUAAUGACUGCCUUAAACUCAUCACAAGUGAUGUUAUGUUUCAUAAAUUACAAAAGAUUGCCAUCGAUUUGACCGAUGAAGAUGUGACACUGUUUAAUGAAUUUAUCGACAAAUAUAAGACACAAAUCACUACAGUUUAUAUAGAUAUCAAUGAUAAUUGUGAUGAAACUGUUAUCAAUGAAUUUACAACUGGUUUGACACAAAUGCAAGAAUUAACUUAUUUGGAGAUCAAUUACGAGUACUUUGAGAGUGAAUUUUUAGAAAUAUUGGCCCAAAUGUUGAAAGAAAUUGGUUUGAAAUGCAAUAAACUUCGCAAACUAUCACUUACUGGUGAACGAAGAACAAGAAAAUUAUUUGAUAUUAUAUUUCCUAUAAUUAAUCAAUACUUCAAACAAUUGAAAUCACUUCAACUUAUUGGUGACUUUUAUUUGCCAAAGAAUUGUACCAUAAGUUCAUUGAAUGGUUUAUCACAAUUGACUUCAUUGGCUAUUAUUUCGGAUAAAGAUGUUCUUAAAGAUGAGUUCUUUGCCGAUAUUGCUGUAAAUAUGCCGAAUCUUCGCAGUCUUGUUGUGGAAAAUAUACGAUUGACAAACAAWUUGUUGCCAUCACUGACUGCAGUCACAAGUUUAAGAUAUAUUAAGAUAUUCCGGUGCUCUGAUGCUGACUGUGCUGAUUGGGUAACCGGUAUUCAUACGGAUAGUAUGUAUCCAAAAGUGCCACAAAUAAUWACAACUCAAGAGUUAUAUUAA